AUGCAAUACAGGGACGCAACAAUGGCCGACCGUGAUCAUGUGCUCAGCAUUCAGGUUUUUGAUGGGCUAGAUUAUCUGACCAGCACCUACGACAAGCACGUCACCUCCAGCAGCGGUUGUGCUUAUGUCGCCGAGAAAGACGGUAAAAUUGUGGCCUUUGCGUUUCACACGACCUUCAACGAUGGUGACGUCAUUAUUGAACGGGGUGAACGCACUAAACACGAAUAUCGACGUCUAGGAAUCAUGACCGCUUUAAAGAAACAUGCCAUCAGCACGACAUUAAGUAGAUACCCUAACGCAAGGCUGGUCGGAGACUCUAAACUCUCCAUGGCUUUUAACCCGGUUCAGCACCCGGCAGGAACUACUGUCAAAAUGGAAGUUCCGCUGUGCGGUACGAAACCAGCCACACCGUAUGCCACGGCCAAACACUUCGGUGUCGACGUUCCCAUGCCAGACUACGAUCAUCUACAGCUGCUCAACCACGCCCAGAUCCGACAACUGCUGACCUCUAGCGAGAGUUUCACGAAGAUCGGCAAGGGCCAGCCGGUUGUUAUAAGCUGGGUGCCGUUUACGAGAAUGUCAUCCGCUGACGUGCAGUUUCUCAUGGAAUGCGACAACCCAACUGUUAUUGCCGAUCUGGACGCCAGAGGUCGCUGCUCGUCGGUUAGCUUUGCAAGUUGCUACGAGACCUCGCUCAAAGUUGACCCCACGGACAUCCACUAUAGAAUUGUCAUCGACAUAUAUUCCUCUGAUCGCGACCUGGCCAUCCAGCAUGUCUAUUCUCAAGUUCACAGACACAGUGUGAUGUUAGCAAUGUACAACGCUAAAAUGCAUUUCUUGCUUGCUCUCAACUGUCCUGCAACGAGAGAAGACAUUCUGGAUGCGUUGGCAAAAAUUGGAAUAGAACGUUUUAUGAGUUUUCGGGAUGAUAAAAUUCCUUCGAUAAGUGUCUCUAUCCGUCCGACAACGGUCGUGAAGUCAGAGUUGAACAGGGGUAUGAUGAAUGUAUCUAAAUAGUAAUGUACGAAAACAAUCGUACACAACAUUGGUGUGCACUAUGGCAGUGGCUACGGGUACAUCGAUGUAGGAGGUGUACAACAGUAAGCUGCCG